AUGUCAAUCUCUUUAUGCCUCCUGGGCUUGUUCCCAGCGGCCUUCGGUGCAACGAUGCUGAUGAAUGGCCUCCAAUCCCGCGUUUUUCCCAGCAGCAUGCCGACGUCCUGCAUGGCAGCCUUCAACGCAAGCCUAGACUGCGACUCGUCCGUUCAAUAUCUAUACAAGCAGCACGGUUGGGUAGAGGGCGGUUGGCAGGAAUCGAACCUGACCCGCCUCUGCACGGACAGUUGCAGAUCGUCUCUCCAAAGUCUCCGCACCCAGGUGGACGCGGCGUGCGCGAGCUGGUCAACAACAGCAGACGGACUCGCAGUCAGCGCCUCCGGCAUGGUUGAUUUCUAUCUCUACAAGUAUAACGUCACAUGUCUUACCGAUGGGUCGUCGUUCUGUCUGUUGGAGCAGGAUGACUGGACGCUGCAGGCUCUGGAGGCGAAGGGCAAUGACCCUGAAUACGGGACUAAUGCUGUUGACGAGAACGGCACAGUCAUUCUACCCUACCAAGACCCGCCCCCGGCAAAUGUCGAAUACUCGGUGAAUCUUGGAUAUGCUUCCCUCGACUACUGGUACAACCGCACCGAGCCCUUGACUGACCGCGGCUGGACAAACACCUCGAUCCUUGAAUACGACGAGUACCCGCUCGAGAUCCAGUGUUCGACGUGCUUUCUUGAGCGGUUCAAACUGGGCUUUAGUAGCCAGUUCGGCGAGGGAUAUGACGAUGUGACCGAACAGGUCUGGCACAACAUGCAGCAGAACUGCAAGCUGGACGAGGAGCUCUAUGUACAUCCUAACCUCAAUGAGACAGGCCCUUGGGAUGCCGACCGCCCAGAAAUCAUUUGGACAGUCGAGGCGCCCUGCGACCGAACAACCACCCUGUCGAUUGCCCCCGGCGAGAUGGUAACAUGCCAGGAUCUGGGUCUAGCAGAGAGCGUCCCAUCCAGCUCAAUUCCGUCCCUGAACUACGAUGCUAAGUGCGACAUACCCCUGUCAAACGGAACGUACUGUCUCCCCGAGCCCUGUGACAUUGCGGUGAUCGCGAACGAUACGUCGGCACCAAUUCUACUGCAGAGCGAGACAUACCAGAACAUCACAAUGGUGCAGUUUGUCUCCUGGAACCCGGAUGUCGAUCUGAAGAAUCUAUUCAUGGGUGAUACCAUUUGUGUUGGGCGAGUAGAACCUGUAUCGGCCCUGCUAUCGGUUCAAACUGUUAACAUGAGCAGCCCCCCAGGAGGCAUCUACACCCCUUCCAGCACCACCGUGGGCGCCGCAUACCCAACCUCCUUUACGACAACAGCAAGCCCAUCCGCGCCAACAGCAACGGACACAAUCGCGAACUGCGGGCUGUACUACACCGUCCAACAAGGCGAUAUCUGCGACGACGUGACGCUGCGCUUCUCGUUAACCCUGGCACAGCUCAUUGCGAUGAACCCAUCAAUUGACGAAGAGUGCUCGAAUCUGCUUUAUGGUGAGCACUGCACCGUGGCAACCGAAGGACUUGCUUACAUGAGUUGUGGGACAGGAUUUGAUUACUGCGUUGCACCUGUCCACGGGCCAGUUACGUCUACAGCGAUCCCUACGACAACCACCAGUGACGGCGGAGGCACGACAACAUCAACCACAGUCACAGCACCGACCGAGACACGAACCGGAACAACAGAGACAUGCUACGAGUGGUAUAUCGCCGUCGCAGGCGAUUCGUGCUGGUUGAUCUACACCAAAUACGGCAUCACAUUUGCGCAGUUCCGCCAGUGGAACGCGGUCAUUGACGACGAGUGCAGCAACCUCUGGCCAGACUACGCAUACUGUGUCUCGGGGCCCAAGUACAGAUAA